UAACGAGGAGUGAAGGACACCAUAUUGGGACUAGGUGCGUAACACACAUAAAUAAACGUGACACGCGCAUCACCAGCAUCAGCAAGCAUCAAUCUCUUCCACUUUGUUUCUUACGCUGUCGGUGUCAACGUCUUCCAGCCAUGUCCGCCUUGCCACCCCCGACGUCGAUGGUAGACACUACCCAGCAGCAGCAGUUUCUAGAUCAGCCAAAGAAGAGGACCCGCAGAAGACUCCGAGUAAGUUGCGUCGAAUGUACGCGUAGAAGGCAGAAAUGUGACAGACAGCAGCCGUGUUCGCUGUGCAAGACACGCGGGGUCGAACAUCUCUGUCGAUGGGAAACGGAGCCCUUCGCACGUCCGCCACCCGCAAGGCCGCCCGGUGGGAGAGCCGCGGCGCGGAAGGAGAAACCAUCCAUCCUGACCAUAUCCUUCCCUGCAAACAAUGUGCCAACGGCAGCAUCAUCCUCAUCGAAGGCAAUAGCGCAGACUAGUCCAAUUAGCAGUGUAUAUUCGCCGACUAGUUAUCAGAGUCUUGUAGUUGCAUCAUCGCCCUUGAGUCAGUCGUCUCAGGCUGGAUCUCCGCUAUACUCUCGAUCUUCGCAAAGUCCGUUCGAGGGUCGCCCUCAAAGCGAGGGACUUAAAGAAGCUGCUCUUGCGUUGGCCCGCAUGCAGCUCACCGAGGAGGCUCAUCAUCUUGCCGAGGGCUCUUUCGCUUACGCUCUGCAGGAGCUCACCAAUUCCGGGGCAUACCGAGUCUACGAGCUGCCUCUGAAUAGUCAGCUGCACCAAUCAAUUGCAUUCCGCCCCUCUGAGCCGUUCGUGCCGAGAUUGCCUGAUAAAGCACACUGCGAGGCGCUCCUGUUGAGCUUCCACGAGCACGUGAACUGGUCGAUCGGGAUUCCGUACAAUGUUCUCUUCUCGUCGCACGAGUUGAUGUGGGAGCGUAUUAGAGCCGAUCCGACUUGCCUACAGAAGUACAAUCCGUACUGGGUGGCUUUGCUUCUCUCGAUGUUCUGCUUUUCUCCAGCCUGCGCUACUGAGGAAGAAAGUAGGGACUAUUUCAAUCAGGCUAUGGCAGCUAGAAAAUUGCAGGAGGACAGAUACGCAUCUUUAGAUGCACCGCCUCAACACGGUGACAUAAUGGGCGCCGUUUAUUCUUGCCUCGGAGCCGCGUUUUUGGCAAGAUACCUUCAAGAUAGAGGUAGGAUUACCGAGGCAUGGAAGGUUGUUGGCAGCGCUCUGCGUGACGCCCAGAACGUUGGACUGCACAACUUUUUGGCCCCUGGGAAGUCAAAGAACGUAACGGACGAUCAACGUACGUUCAUGCUGGUGUCUUGGCACCUGUGUGUCGAGUUUGAUAGGUAUUUGUCACUCUUUUUGGGAAGGCCUACAGUCGUUCGGUCUCGAGACUGCAAUGUACAACUUCCCUCGGCCCGCUCGGAUGCCCUUGCAUUAGAUGGAUCUACGAACAUAGCACUGCUAUUCCAGGCGUAUUUCAUAUCGAUGACGAAAAUCGUUAGCGAAGCGAAAGAGAAGUUCCUGAGCGCCCAGCCAGACAACGAAGACGGUCACGCGUACUUCGACAUUAGAAUGGGUGAAUGGCUUGCAAACCUUCCGUCGUUUUACAAGUUGGAUCAAACGCCGAACGUUUCGUACGAUCACAUAUAUCCGAAGUUAUAUCUCCAGCGUAUGACGCUACGGUCUUACUACACGUGUUCUUGCCUGUUCUACCAUCGGGCAUUGGCGUAUUCGCGACCUGCACAUCAAGAUGCAAUGGGCUAUGGAUGGGACCAGAGUCAACUCGCGCAAUAUGCGAUCAGUGUUCUGCACUCUCAAGGCCAUCUGCUUAUGAAUCAAUGGUGGGAGCGCCAGGUCCCGUUCGACAUUAGUAUGUACAUGUUCGAGGCAUCGGUUACGCUCGGCGUCACCCUCCUUCGCGACUUGUACCAUCCGGACGCGAAUGAAUGGCGUCGCGAGCUCGCAAGCGCGAUUGAGAUAUUCGAAAACCUCCGUGAGAGAGACUUUGGCCAGAUUGUUCCGCAGGCGAUACGAGUGUUACGCGUUUUGCAAGAACUUUGUGCUGACCCGAUGGGGAAACGGUUGACUGACUAUCCUGUCAAUGUUCAACAGGAGGAAGCGAAGAUCAUCUUCCCGUCUGAGGCGUAUAAUGUUGAGAAUGCGUUCGUUCAGAAUACGUCAUACGAUUCUUAUAACGAAAUGUGGAACCAAUACGGCGUGCAGGACGCUACUUCUGUUCCACCAGCAGCUGCCCUGUACACGAUGGAUGGAGCUGCUUAUCCCGCUCCUGUUUGGCCGACGAAUGUUGAGAUGUCGACGCCGUACGUUGGCACCAUGUCUGGUGUCCCUUAUGCGUGAUGCUAGUUCCGCUAUGCACUCUACGUUGCGCUUACUGUCGUUAUCGCUUCCUUUCUCCGUUUGUUUCACUGUCUGUUCUGGCUUGAUUCCCUGACCCAUAUCCGUGUUUUACUACCCACUUCCGCAAUCCGUUUCUCCGCCUCAAUGUUUCCUGUCUCUUAUGCCAAUUCUUUUCUCUUUGCUGUCUGGUCGUGCAAUGUUUCCUUGCUCUCCCGUUCUCAUACCGUUCUUGCAAUCUCCCACUUUCUGUGUUCAACGCUUUUCUUACCUGGAUUCGUUUUUGUUCCAACCCUGUUCCAACUUUACAUCCUUACUGCUCUUGACACGUUUUCUCUCGUUUCUCCAUCUUCACGCAUCCCGGAUAAAGAAAAAAGAAACCUGUAUAUUGUCUGACAACGCCUCGCUUCCCCGGAUUCCAAAGGUUCGAUGGCUGCUUAAUC